AUGGUCGUUCAUUGGAUUUUAUUUCUACUGAUUCAUUCCGUAUCGAUAGCUAGUGCAUCAGAUCAAGUUCUAUGGGCUGAAUUCAACUCAAAUGUUACACUUUGCUGCAACCUAACUCUCAAAGAAACAGAAGCUUUGGUAUUCUCUGUCAACGAUCAACGGCUCUCUUCCUUAGUUUUAAAUCCAAAUUCAGAGCCUAAAAGUUACGUAUCGAAAUCAGCUAGAAAUUGGAUCUUCGACAGAAAAAAAAGAAAUGAUAUUUGUGCUACGAAACUAGAUAAUCAACUCACGGAAGUAGAUAAUCAUACUAGAAUUACUUGUGAAAGGGCCUCAGAAACAGGUCUUGGUGACACGAUCGAGAAAAAGUUUAUCACUCUGAAAUUCUAUGAACAAGCCAAAAUCGAUGAAUUUCCUAGAAAUCUUAGAGUCAGAGAAGGAUCUAGUCAAGUAAUUAAAUGCAACGCUAGUGGAUUUCCCGAUCUAUAUGUCGUUUGGCGAUUAAAGAAUGGCAAAGUCUUAAACCAUUCUCAGAAAGUGAACUCAUCGAAUACUGGAAAUAACUCACGAUCAAUAAUUCUUCCACUUGAAUUGACUAAUAUUCAUCCUGAUCAACAUGGUGAAGUGUAUGUAUGCGAAGCAAGAACAAGUCAACCAGUGAACAGCCAAACAGCUACCCGAACAGUAAUGCUUGAAGUGAAUUUAUACCCAAAAAUUAAUAUGUCAACCAAUGUAAUCUAUACAGAUUUAGGAGUUGAAGAAAAAUUCAAUAUUAUUGUUACAGGAUAUCCAAGACCAACAUUAAAUUGCAGUGAUCUACCCUUAGGUGAUCCACGUGUGUUAUCUGAACAACCACAAGGUGGAACACUGGCCUAUCCUGUUGUAAUAAACAGAGUAACACUUCAACAUUUACAUGAAUAUACGUGCACAGCAAAUAAUAGUUUGGCCAGUGUAAAUGAAAAAUUGGAGUUGACAGUGGCUCCGGCACCUCCAAAGAUUUUAUCUACUAAUUCCACAGAAUUUGCUGAUUACUAUUUACUACACUGGCAGACUCAAUCACGAGCACCUCUGAAGAAUGUCACCAUCAGUAUUCAUGAAACAUCAAAGAAUACAGAGGCUGGUGGUUCAAUUGUUCAACGUUCUCCAAAGAAUUAUGAACGUGUAUUCAGCUUAGAACAUGAUAAAUUGGAUAAGGUCUCCACUUAUAUCGAUGAUACUAGUAUACAAACAGGUGAACGAAAAGAAUUACUAUUGAAUAUUGGCUCAUCGAAUCUUAGAAGGAUAUGGCAUCAUUUAACAAAUCUCAGCGCUGAUACACAACAUGAUAUCACUUUGAAUGUUUGUAAUGAAUACGCCUGUUCAAAGUCAACCACAAUGAGAGAUCAAUCUGGUAAUUUAUCAGGGAAAUUUACUUUUAAAACACCUAAGUUUGAUGGUUCAAAUAAAAUAAACCCAAUUGUUCUACAACGAAGUCCAAAAAAUACUUUUGCGUCAGUUGUAGAAACUGAACUACACAAUAACGGAAACUAUGCUGGAAAUUUGAUACCUCAGCGUACACUUACCGUUUUCUACAUGUUAUCAUUCCUUGUUUUUGCAUAUUGGCUUUAG